AUGACGUCUCCAGAGCGAUCACGAAAGGUGCCCUUGGAGAAGCUCGAUGGUCUUGAGCUACCAGCGGCGGCAGAUAUGCAUGUUCAUUUGCGAGAUGGUGCCAUGACAGAACUGGUCACACCAACCAUUCGCAAAGGUGGCGUCAAUACAGUCUUCGUCAUGCCCAAUCUGGUGCCACCCAUCACAACAGUUCGGCACUGUCUAGACUACAAGUCUCGUCUAGAGGCCAUCGAGCCCAACGUAACCUUCCUGAUGUCACUCUAUCUCCACCCCAACAUAUCUCCGGAAACAGUGAUCGAAGCAAAGCAAGCUGGAAUCGCAGGCAUCAAGUCAUAUCCUCAUGGUGUGACAACCCACAGCGACCACGGCGUGAUGUCCUACGAAGCAUUCUACCCCGUCUUCGAGGAAAUGGAACGACAAGACAUGGUUCUGAACUUACACGGCGAGCUACCACCAAGUGCAGGCGAAGAUAUCACAGUUCUGAAUGCUGAAGAGGCUUUCCUACCAACACUUCUAGAUCUGCACAAACGAUUCCCCAAGCUAAGAAUUAUCCUCGAGCACUGUACCAGCGAAGCAGCACUCAAAGUAGUCAAGUCAUGCGGACCAAACGUGGCGGCCACACUCACAGCGCACCACCUCUUCCUCAUCGUGGACGACUGGGCAGGUGAUCCUCAUUGCUUCUGCAAGCCCGUCGCGAAAACACCUGCAGAUCGGCGAGCGCUACUCAAGACAGUCGUAAGUGGCGAUCCCAAGUUUUUCUUCGGCACAGACUCAGCACCACACCCAGCCGAAACAAAACGAGCAGAUCGCGUUGCUGCGGGAGUUUUCACGCAACCACACGCCGUGGGCUACGUGAUCGAUGCAUUGGAGCAGGCUGUGCUGAACGGCGUUCUCAAGGCUGAGGAUGUCACGAAGAAGAAGCUCGAGGGCUUCUUAAGCAAGUUCGGUCGGGACUUCUACAAGGUCAAUGAUGAGAGGCAGGAGACUAUUGUGCUUCACAAACCGUGCGGGCCAGUGGAAGAUGUGCUCAAAAGUGAUGAUGGCGCACUAGAAGUAGUGCCUUUCAGAAGAGCGAAGAUGACGUGGGAUCUGAAGUUCAAGUGA